GUUCCCAGAGUGACAACUAAACAGGAACCGACAGGAAUCCAGGAGUUGGUAGUGUGAGCGACUGGAAUCAACUGAACGUGUCUGUAUUUAAAAUGGAAGAAUAUCAUUCAGGCGACGAGGUGUCCUUCAAUCCAGAUGAAGCAAGUAACCUUGUUAAAGAGUGUGUUGAGGGCAUUGUUGGUGGGGUUGACUACAGCCAGUGCAAAGUCAGUCAGUGGACGGCUAGCAUUGUGGAGCAGUCCCUCACCCAUCUGGUUAAGCAGGGGAAGCCCUUUAAAUACAUUGUGAACUGCGCAGUGAUGCAGAAGAGUGGGGCCGGCCUCCACACAGCCAGCUCGUGUUACUGGGACACCACCACCGACGGGAGCUGCACGGUGCGAUGGGAGAACCGCACCAUGUACUGCGUGGUCAAUGUGUUCGCCAUCGCCAUGACGCUGUAGCCCGUGGGGGCAGGGGUCAGAGACCGGGCAACACGUGCACAGAACCGCAGGAGAACCGCAGGAGAACCGCAGGAGAACCGCCAAAGCCUUCAAGGUCCGGCUCUUUGCCGGAGAACGCAGAACCUCACCUACGCCCUGGGGCAGCCCGCUUAAACGCCAUCGCUCCUGAGACCGUUUUCUUUUCACAUCGCUUAUGUACAUUUAUGUUUGUGUAAGACCUUCAGGCAGACAGCCUGUGUGCUGCCAUUAUUAUUAUUAUCAUUAUUAUAUUUUAAAUGUCAUUUUCAAUUUAAUGUCAUGGACACAGAAGAUAUACAUAUUAUUUGUGUCUAGCUGGCGGCAAUGUACAAUAUUACCAGGUCGAGGCAUUCUUAUGCAUUAUUCUCAAGCCUGUGUCCUGUGUGUAUACAUAUUUUAUAUAUAUAUAUAUACAUAUAUAUAUAUAUAUAUUAUACAUAUAUUAUAUACAUAUUUAUAUAUACUAUACAUAUUUAUUUAUAGCUAUCACUUUUAAAUGAAACAAUUUUUGUAAAAAAAAUAAGUACGAUAGUUAGCCUAUUUCAACGGAACAAAUACUUAUUAUACAUGAAAUGAUGAAACCUCUGUUAUUUUAAUAACCUUCAGAAUUAUUUCAUGGGCUUAUGUUGUUUUCUAUCCCAUUGUAGAGCAUGUUAAAUUGAAAUGGUUAUUUAGUGCCAGAUGAGAAAGAACUUGAAUGGAUUUCAUAGAACUGUUUCUGAAGAAGGGUGUGACUGCUUGCUUGCGGUCUGAAAUGCAGCCUGUUCCUGUUGGUCAGCAGAUGGUUGUCAUGUUUUUGCAUCUCAGUAGGAUUACCCCAUUCUUACUUAUUCUUUACUUAUUUUUAAGUGUCUACCCAUACAUUACAUUACAUUACAUUACAUUAGAUUAGCCUUAAAUUGAAUUUGUUUGCAUUUAAUGCGCUGGUGGAAAGCCUGCUGGUUCCUGGUUCCAGGUAUCCCCACCCCCCCACAUGCACUGACUUGAAGGUUUUUAUUCCCUUCUGACUAAAAACCAAUAUUUACAAUAGUGCUUAUUGAGAGAAGUUUUUAACAUAAAUCACACAUUUGUGAAAGUACAUUCAUUUGUUUUUGCAAAGAUAAUGUAAACUGAAUGGACACUAUUUCCCUUAAUUUAUGGCAAUGAUUCUCUCAAAUACAACUGGCUCCUAAUAAAGAAAGAUUUCUGUCCCCAAAAAACAAACGGCACUUGCGUUUACAGCUCUGGUGUUACCUAAUCCAAUCUGCCAGUCACACCUCAUCUUUGUUUCUGUGUUUGAGCACACUCUGGGGGGGAAGUAUGUGUAAUUGCAAGCUAAUAUUGCAGUGUUACCAUGUUUUCACCAUGUUAUCUCUUGGUCCUAAGAUGUAAAAUAAAGGGUGAGGAACUGAAGAGUGGGGACAAAAAGCCAUCUGAAUGAGCAGCUUCUUUGAAACAUUCAGUUUUAGCAUAGUCUUUGCUUUCAUUUGUUUGUUUUUGUUAACUUCUAGCCAGCCGUUUUACCUCUCCAAUAAAAAACCCAAAGUGGCCACGAUUUUCUUGGAAGUAGUCUAAUGUUGGUCAUUUCAGUUAUUAGACCCUCUUACAGAACAAUCAUUAAUUUGGUUACUCAGACCUUUUGGCUGGGCAAUAGUAGUGCUCCUGUUAUAUAGUGAGUGAACCGUUGGAGAGAGCUGUGCUUUAUGUGUAUAUGAAUGCUUUGUGAGGCGACCUGUGGCCUGGUUUUGACACAAAGCGUUAGUAUUCACAGCAGCCUGCCUAACGUAAUGUAUUCAGCCAAUAAUGUAUAUAUUUUAAAAAAAAAUCAUGUACUCCGCCAACUGCUGCAUUAAAAAGAGCAAUGGACAAUGUACUCUACGUAACAGAGACAAGCAUUCCGUGUUUGGAGACGUGUUUUCAUGAGGUGGAAGUUCCCCAGUUUGUGCAGUCCUAUUGGCUCAGAUGGUAUGUGGUGUGAUCAACCGUGCUGCUGUUCAGGCAUUCUGAGACAGGCAUGCAGUGGAAAAGGGUUUAUUUUAUUUCCAAACACUGACUCUAGGCCAGUCGAUCUGUCCUUUUCCCCCUCACUCUGGCUGGAUCAGCAGAUCCUGGAUCAGUUUUUGGGGGGAGGAAAUGUGUGGUGGAAUUGAAGCAGAGCUGGAAAUAAAGAUUGUUAAAGCAUCAAA